AUGCCUGAGCCAGGGAAAUCCGCUCCGAAGAAGGGCGGCAGGAAAGCUUUGCCCAAACCAGCGGGUAAGGCAGGGAAGAAACGCAAGAGGCUGAGGAAGGAGAGUUACUCCAUCUACAUCUACAAAGUGAUGAAGCAGGUUCAUCCCGACACCGGCAUCUCCUCCAAGGCCAUGAGCAUCAUGAACUCGUUCGUCAACGAUAUCUUCGAGCGAAUCGGGGGUGAGGCUUCCCGCCUGGCCCAUUACAACAAGCGGUCCACCAUCAGCUCCCGGGAGAUCCAGACCGCCGUGCGCCUGCUGCUGCCCGGGGAGCUGGCCAAGCACGCCGUGUCCGAAAACACAACGGCUCUUUUAAGAGUCACAUACAAUUUCAAUGAAAGAGUUGUACUAGCUUUUAGGUAA